UCCAUGUCAACUAAUUAUUUAAUGGCAACAGAGCGAGUGCUUCACAUGAAGGAUGGCUUGAGAGAAACAAGCUAUGCAAAAAACUCCUUACUUCAGAGAAAAGUGGCAAUGAAAGUGAAAAUCAUACUUGAAGAGAAUGUGAAGCGGAUGAUGUCCAACAUAAAUAUUGAAAGCUGCUGUAAGAUAGCAGAUUUAGGUUGUUCUUCAGGACCCAAUGCACUGAUAACUAUGUCAAAUAUCUUGAACAUCAUGUAUAAUGCUAGCCUGAGCUUAAACAAGCGUGUGCCACGUGUAUUCCAAAUUUACCUCAAUGAUCUAUUCGGAAAUGAUUUCAAUUCCAUCAUCAAAUUAAUUCCAGACUUCUACCAAAGUAUACAUCAAGAAAAAAGAGGCAAUUUUGGAACAUGCUUUAUUCAUGCAACACCGGGGAGCUUUUAUGGGAGGCUUUUUCCUGAUAAUUACAUCCACUUCUUUCAUUCUUCUUACAGUCUCCAUUGGCUAUCUCAGGCACCAAAAACUUCGAGCAACAUAGCUAUACCACUCAACAAGGGAAAUGUUUAUAUAACAAGUACAAGCUCUUCUUCAGUCUAUGAAGCAUACUUCAAGCAAUUUGAAAAGGAUUUCAAACUUUUUCUAAAGUCACGCUCGGAGGAACUAAGAUCGGGUGGUAUUAUGGUACUUACUUUCAUUGGCAGAGAUAAAACUCGAAAAAUUAAUAAUCCUGCAGAGGUAAUUGGUAUGGUACUCAACGGUAUGGUCCAAGAGGGUCUGGUUGAAGAGGAAAAAUUGGACUUCUUUGAUUUACCUAUAUAUGGUCCUUCAGCAGAAGAAGUUGGACAAGUGAUUGAAAGAGAAGGAUCUUUUACCCUUCAAACAUUAAAAACUAUCAAAAUAGGUUGGGACGCAAACCUUGAAGAGGAAGUUGAUGAUGGUAUUCUUGACAGCAAAAUAAGAGGGGAGUUUAUAGCUAAGUCUAUCAGAGCUGUUUUGGAACCUAUCUUGUCAGCUGAGUUUAGCGAAGAUAUCAUGGAUGAGUUGUUCUCAAGAUACGCAAAUCUGGUUGCCCAACUCAUUGAGGUGGAGACGUUGGAGUAUACUAAUGUAGUAGUCACCUUGACCAAACAUUCUUGAAGAUAU